UAGAAUAGUGUACGUUAGAAUAAAAGAUAACUAUAGAAAAAUACAUUUAUUAAGUGUUAUCAAAAGUGUUAAAAUCACUUUGUUAAUAAAUAAAAAAAAAAUAGAUUCUGUGCGGCGAUAUCGUGCGUAAUCAAUUGUAGGGAAGAAAUCGAUUUUAAGAAUAAUCAACGAUAUUUCUUGGAUCUUUUCAGGAUGAGAUUCGGCCACACAAUCGAAGACUCGCGGAAAAAAUAUCCAGAAAUCACGGACGAGAUUUUGGACAAUCUGCAAAAAUGGGCGAAUGAUCAAGGUCUUCCCAAUAUUCCCAAAGAACAAUUGGCGUUAUUUACGCACAGUUGUUACUUCGACAUAGAGGCCACGAGACGAUGCAUGAACGUUUACUACAGUAUACGAGCAACGACUCCGGAAUUGUUUAACAAUAGAGAUUCCAGCCUCGAGUAUUUGCAACAUUCUUUGAGAACCUUGGAAUUCGCGAUACUUCCUAAGCUUGAUCAAAAUGGUAACUGGAUAAUCGUUCAACGAUUGGCGGACCCACGGCCAUCCCAGUACAUAUUCAACGACAGCCUCAAGCUGCUGUUCAUGUCCUAUGACGCGAACCUUUAUACGAAUGGUUGUUCGGAGGGAUAUAUACUUCUUGUGGACAUGGCUAAUACGCGAUUUGGUCAUUUGACCAGAUUGUCGAUAAACAGCCUUCGUAAAGCCUUGGAGUAUGUUCAAGAAGGCAUACCGUUGAGACUUAAAGGGAUCUAUGUGGUGAAUGCGAUCUGGUUCAUGGACAAGAUCAUUGCGAUUAUGAGACCAUUCAUGAAGCAAGAACUAUUCGAAAUGAUUCGAAUUUAUUCGGAUGAUAUCUCCGACUUGUAUUCUCAUAUACCGCCCGAAUAUCUGCCAAAGGACUAUGGUGGAGAAUUGGACUGUAUUGCAAACCUUCAUAAAGCACACUGUAUGAAAUUAGAUCAAUUGCGUAAUUAUUUCCGGGAGGAGGAAGUUCUGUUCCGCAAUUAUUCGCCUAAUAACGUCAGGAUAGCAAGUAAACAAAUUAUGUCAGAUGCUACCGAAAAUUUAAAAGAUUAGGUAUCAUCACAAUAGCUUACGUGUAAAAAAAUAAUAUUAGUUGAUGUGUAAUAUACACAUGUAACAAAUAGUAUAAAGUCACUCACUUUAUUUAUGUACAGUUAAAUAAAGAUACAAUUGCGUAA